UUCUUUUUCUUCUUCUUCUUUUGGCUAACAUUAGCUCGCUUCAAGUAGCCAGCUAACACUGGAAGUAAAACGAAAGUAAACAUUUUAGCUUAAGCUCUAUUACCGGAGAUGGGGAAAAAGCACAAGAAACAUAAACCGGAAUGGAUAACAGUUGCUGACUUUGAGGACAAGGCUCUUGAGAAGCCCCUCAAGAUCAAGCUCAAAGUAGGAGGAAGCGAGGUGACCGAGCUCUCUGGGUCAGGGCUCGACUACGACGACAGGUCGGACCACGAGCGAGAGCGACAUAAAGAGAAGAAGAAAAAGAAGAAGAAGAAGUCUGAGAAGGAUAAAGACAAGUAUGUAGACGAGGAGGAGAGAAGGCGUAGGAAGGAGGAGAAGAGGAAGAAGAGGGAGCGAGAGCAGAACGAAUUAGAGGCAGCAGCUGCUGGUGUGGCACCUGUUGAACCAUUUACUCUGCCGAAAAGCAUAAACAUAGGCUCAGAGCCUGAGGAGAAAAAGAGGAAGAAAGAGAAGUUCGAAUUAGAACCUGAAGUGGAGGAGUUUCAGCCCACUGUGAAGGUUGAAGUGGAGCAGCCAGGAGACAGACCUGUUAGAUCAUGCCGCACACAACAAGAGAAUGAGUCAACCCCUCGCCAACAACUGCUGGAACACUUUUUGAGGCAGCUGCAGAGGAAAGAUCCCCAUGGAUUCUUUGCAUUCCCAGUGACGGAUGCAAUCGCUCCCGGUUACUCGUCUAUCAUCAAACAUCCCAUGGACUUCAGCACGAUGAAAGACAAGAUCAGGAACAACGACUACAACACAGUGACUGAGUUCAAGGCGGACUUUAAACUGAUGUGUGACAACGCCAUGGUGUAUAACCGACCAGAAACUGUCUACUACAAAGCUGCUAAGAAACUACUUCAUACAGGGUUCAAAAUGAUGAGUAAGGAUCGCCUCCUGGCCCUGAAGCGCAGCAUGUCCUUCAUGCAGGACAUGGAUUUCACACAGCAGGCAGCUAUUUUAGGAGACGAAGACCUGACCGCUGAUCUCCCUCCUCCAGAAACGAUCCCCCUCCCUGUGGAAUCUGCGAAAAAGUCCAGAAAACAACCGGCUAAAGACAUCAACUACCUGUUUGAGCCAGAGGGAAACGCAUGCAGCCUGACUGACAGCACAGCAGAGGAACAUGUUCUGGCUCUGGUGGAGCAUUCUGCAGAUGAAGCCCGUGAUCGCAUCAACAGAUACAUGCCGAGCUCCAAGAUGGGUUAUUUACGCAAAGAGUCAGACGGCACUCUGCUCUAUACGGUCGUAAACCAACUUGACCCUGAUGCUGAAGAAGAGGAGACCCAUAAAGUGGAUCUGAGUUCUCUAUCCAACAAGCUUUUACCAGGACUAACAACUUUAGGGUUCAAAGAUGACAGGAGACACAAAGUUACGUUUCUGAGCAGCGCUUACAACAUCCAGAGCCUUCAGAAAAACUCAGUCUUUCCAGACCUGCAGUCCGACGAGACGGAGAUGCUGUAUUCAGCAUACGGAGAUGAGACGGGGGUGCAGUGUGCUCUGAGCAUACAGGACUUUGUGAAGGGCUGUGGAGGCGUCACUAAGCGUUGGGUCGAUGAACUUCUGGACAAGAUGACUGGAGGCGAUCAUUCAAAAGCUGUCAGUCAGAUUCGACAGAAAAGAAACAUAAUGUUGAUAACUGAUGAAAACAAGUCAAACAUCUGUGACAUGCAGAUGUCAGACAGCACCGGCCUUGGCGAAAGCAGCUCAGUGAUGGACUUCAUAUCAAUGAAGAACUACCCAGAUAUGUCCCUAGAUAUUUCUAUGCUCAACCCAUUAGGUAAAAGUGUCAAAAAGGAGCCAGGGAACGAAGAAGGCCACCAGCACUAUGAUGACGCUGAUAAACUCCUGCAGGAGUUCCAGGAGGCUCAGGUUGAAAGAGUUUGCUCCCGACCCUCAUCCAACCUCUCCUCGCUUUCAAACGCUUCUGAAAGAGACCAACACCACUUAGGGAGUCCAUCUCACCUGGGUGUUGGAGACCAUUCGGAAAUGGUUCACGAUCCGUACGAGUUCCUGCAGUCUCCAGAGCCAGAGGGCUCCGCCAACAGCUGAUCACCCACACAGACCAUCUGUUAUGAGUUCUCUACUAAUGAAAGACAACUGUGGCAGAUGGUUCUUCACAUUUCUUUAAGACUGAGCAUUGGUGUACAGACUGUGUUGUGUUUAUAUGUUUUUGUAACAAGGCAGCCCUUUGAGAAUAAAUACUUGCUAUGUA